GAAAUAAAAAGAAGAAAAAGAUAAUAAAGUAAACACAACAUCUAAAUUCUAUUUCUAAUUUCUAAAGGAAAAUCAAAGGCGAAAAAUGAAAUAAUAACAAAGUUGAAAGUUGUGAAUAAUUGUGAUUUUUAAAAAAUAUUGCAAUUAUUGUCUGUCUUGUAAAAACUAAAAGCGAAAUAUUCGAAACUACAUAGUCCAGUUAAUACUAGCAAUUAGUUGAUUAAAUUGGAACUAGAAUGAAUGUUAGUGAUGAUGAAUAUAUACCAUCAAUCUUAAAUCCGCGAUCAGUCAAAAAAUCAUCUGAUAUUUAUUUAACUCAGAAUUCUUACAGAAGCAAAUGUUCUUUGUCACUAAAGCGGAACAGUGUAUUAAAACCAGGAAAUGAUUCUCUUCAAAGAGUAUUUAAUAAGAUUUAUGAAGAUAAAGAAAAUUGCAAAAAUCUUUGUAAUGCCAGAAAUGUGAAGCUUGUAAGAAGUAAUGAGUUAAACAUAGAUGAUGAGAUUUGGAGUCAUUCUUCAUUUGAUAAGGUUAAUAACUUGCAUGAAGAUAAUAUCUGUUAUUUAAACACAAAAUAUACUGAUAAUGUUCAAAAAUGUUUUGGUGAUAAUAGAUCUCACUCGUCUGCAACUACAAUUGGAUACAAAUUAAAUCCUUUGGAAGAAAUUUUGACUAAUAGUGAUUUAGAAUCUAAACCAAUCUAUUCUGUUUCAUUUAAUGUAAAAAAAUGUGAUAAUAUAGCUAUAAGCGUAAAUAAUACGACAUUAAAAAAUAUUGUAUUUUCUCAUAUAAAUAACGAUAUAAAUGUAGAUUGCGUUUUAUUGGAGCCUUCACAAGAAUUAACAGACAUGGAGAAUAGUAUAAAAUUAAGCCCAACAAAAAGAAAGGCAGUUGCUGUCACUUUAGAAAUUAAAAAGCAGAAAGUGUCAUCAGAAGUUGAUGCAGAGGAAAAUAAAGUUCUGAUUUUAAACACAAAUGCCAUUGACAAAUUGUCACAUGUCAUUGUGCAACCACCAAAUUAUAAAUUAGUGGAAAGAAAAUUUAAAGAUCCUAGUAAAUUAUCGAAAAGUAAGAAAUCUGUGCUACAUUAUCAAACCAAUUAUAAAACUGUACAGCAUUGUACAUUGAAGCAAAAGUCAAUAGAUUCUUAUUUUACAAAUGUUGCAAAAAGGAAAGUGUGUUAUGAAGAAAAUCAAGUAGAUUUUGUUCAAUGCAAUGAUGUUAGUUGUAAUGGAUUGGUAAAUACAAUGAAUAAGAGUGUGUCUGUCAGUCCUAGACAUGAAAGUUCUAGAAAUAGCUCAAGGAUCAAAAAUGAUAUAAAACAUUCUGAAAAAAUUGCACAUGAGUCCAAGUCUCCUAGACUGCUGGACCAUAAAUUGAUAAAUACAUUACAUGCAAGAACAAUAACAGCAAGUGUUGGCUCGUGUUCACCAAAAAGAAAUACAGAAACUAUUCAGUUCAAUUUACCAAUGAAAAUCAAGUCAAACAAAACAUCAGUUGGAACAAAACCUAUGCCAUGGUAUAAGAUUGUUGCAGGCACACACUUUGCUGUUGACGCUUUUUCAUAUGGUGAGAUACCAAACGUUAAGCAUUACUUUCUCACUCAUUUCCAUUCGGAUCACUAUUCGGGAUUGAAGAAAGGAUUUAAUAAAAUAUUAUACUGUUCCAAAAUUACAGCGGAUCUGUGCAUAUCUCGAUUGGGCGUUAGUCCAAAAGUGAUAAAGAUAUUGAACUUUGACGAGUGUUUGAAAAUAGAAGGCGUCGAAGUAACGGCGGUUGAUGCAAAUCACUGUCCGGGCGCCGUAAUGUUGGUGUUCACCUUACCUAACGGGAAGUCGUUGUUACAUACAGGUGAUUUUAGGGGAUCACCUAUCAUGGAGACAUACCCCAUAUUUUGGAACAAAGACAUACAUACAAUAUACCUUGACACGACUUAUUGCAAUCCGCGCUACGAUUUUAUAACGCAGGAUGAAAGCUUAGAAAUGGCAUUGUAUUUGUUGCGACAGAAAAAGAUUAACUUGGAGAAAGCUGGGAAAAAAUUCUCCUCUGUGCUGAUAGUGUGUGGCACGUAUACUAUAGGAAAGGAGAAGUUCUUCCUGGGUGUAGCCCGCCGGGUCGGGUGCUCCGUCUGGGCGUGUCCGGAGAAGGACCGCGUGCUGCAGAUCGUGGAGGGGCGCAGCUUCAACCAAGAUCCCCCGCAGUCGUGCCAACUGCACGUGGUGCCGAUGAAGGAUCUGACGCACGAGAAGCUUCAAAGUUAUUUGGACAGCCUGCAAGGGGUGUUUACAGAAGUUGUUGCGUUCAAACCGAGCGGAUGGGAGAAUGGGAAGAAUUCAACUAUUGAAAAGGGUGGUGUUACUAUACACGGUAUACCCUACAGUGAGCAUUCGAGUUUCUCGGAAUUGAUACGUUUUGUUAAGUUCUUGAAACCGAAGCAACUUGUACCCACGGUGGAUAUAAGUGGAGAUCUUAAAACCAUUGAGAAAUACUUCCAAUGUCCUAUAAUAACCGAGGGAGAAAGUCACUAUGGCAGUAAAAUUACAGAUUACUACAGCAUACAGGCCCGCCAACAUGUGUCAGCUGUCACCUGAGUCAAAGGUUCAGAUAUUACAUUUAAGAUACCAUUGUUUUGACUGUGAUGUAUUUUUGAUAUUAUUUAUUUAGUAAGACAUUUUAUUUUUUAUGUAAAAAUUUGUUUGUUAAAUAAAAAUAUUUAAAAGAUUCA